UUUUCCCUCACUCUGGUCUCUAUAUAUAUAACCCUUGUCACCCGUUUCCUUGUCUCAUACCUUCUCUUUCUUUCUCUCGAUCUCGAUCUCGAUCUCGAGUUCCCUGUCUACAAACAACAUCAAUCCAAUCUAAAACACAAAACCUCUCUCCCUCCCUCUCUCUCUCUCUCGAUCUCACUACUUUGUAUUAUCUUUUCCCUUCCGUUCCUUCCCUCUCUCUCUCUCUACCUGUACUACUUUCAAUAAUGGCAGACACAGAAACAUCACAGAAACGCCCAAGAGAAGACACACAAGUAGAAGAAGAGGAGAUUAUGGAAGAAACAAAACGCCCAAGACCCUACUACCAUCAGAUACUCUCUAUUCUGGAAGCUGAGGAAGAAGAGCCUCUCCAGGAUGAUCUCUCUUCUCUAAUCACAACCCUCCAGCAAGAACUCUCCUCCUCUUCCCAACCCGAAACCACUACUAUUCCCUUGGAGGCUGGCCCCAUCAAUCCUCCAUCAAGCGGAAGCAGUGAACCCGGCUCCUUGUCCUCGUCGGCGUCUUCGUCUCCACUGCAUUUCAAAGACUACGAGGAGGAGGAAGAAGAGAAGGCCGGGACGAGUAGUAGCAAUAUUAUAAGACAUCUUCUUGAAGCAUCGGACGAUGAGCUUGGGAUUCCACAGACCCAGAUCAGAUUGCAGGGUACCGAGGACGAUCUAGAUGACGAGGUCAUCCAUGGUAGUGGAGGAGGAAUACACUUUGGUGGGAUUAGUGAUGGUGAAGGAGAAAGUGGGAUCUCCUUAUUUGGAGUUCAUGGUGAUGGCUUGUGGGAUUUCGAAGAUGUAACUGCUAACUACUAUACGCUUUUGCAAUCGGAGCUCUUCCUGUAGUAGUAAUGGUUCUACUAAUUUCUUUCUCUCUUUGCUUCUCUGGUUGGUGGAGCUGAAAGUUUUUAACCAGAAAGGAAGAAGGAAACAAAAAAUUAAUAAAAAAGAAACAGAGUUUUAGAAGAAGAAGAGUAGGGAGCAUGGAAAUACUAAACACCGAAAGCAGAUACAGAAAUGGGAAAGGGGUAUUUCACUUUCAGUCGAUUUCCCCAUCAUCCUUUUUUUUUCUUUUUGAGUUUUUUUUUUUCUUAACUAUUAUUUAAUUUCAGUGGCUACAAUGUCAAAAGUUCAACCCUUGGCACCAUAUCGAAAGUUAAGUGAAAUGGAAUCUCCUUAUUUUUCUUGGUGGAAAAUUGAAA